CACACACUGGUGAUUUCAAGUUGUGCAUGAGCUAUCUCAGAAUCAGGUAGAGCAGGGGUGGAACCUUUUCUUGGCCAAGCCUAUCUUGCAGUACUUGUACCCACUUGGGCGCGACAGUGGACGCGGAUCCUGAACAAGUUUCCGACCUUCUCGAGGCUCUCGUAGUAUACAUAUCUUACUUUACAGUGUAUUGUGCGACCUGUUCUGCAUUAUCAUGACGAGCUCAGGCAACGCGGCGAGAACAUCCCAUUUCUAUCCCUGAGCAGCACGGAUGAUCUCACAUAGGGGAGGUCGAGCCAUCGAGAAUCACCUGCAGACUACAAAUAGAUGCGAUAACCUUUCUUCUCAUCCUGAGCAUUCAAAUAGCGAGGGCGUGAUCAGACUGGUGCUUCCAGCACAUUUCUCUAGAAUGGUUAACUUCACCUUUACAACGUCUUGCGUAGUCGUGGCACUGGCGAGUGGGUCAUUCGCUGCCACCAAACGUGGUCUGGCGUUUGCUGAUUCCGACAAUACUGGCGACAUUGCUGUCGCUGAUGGCACUCAGGUCUCUUGGGUAUAUAAUUGGGGCAGUACCGCGCCAAGCUAUUUAAAAAACACAGACAUGACCUACAUCCCUAUGCAAUGGGGUGAAGACAAUGCCGAUAAUUUUAUGGCUGAAGUGCAGGCUCAGAAUGCGAAGACCAUCUUAGGUUUCAACGAACCUGACCUUGGUUCACAGUCGGAUAUUACACCUAUGACUGCCGCGUCAUUAUGGGUACAGUAUAUCCAACCUCUGAAGGCACAUGGCGUCCGACUCGGUAGCCCCGCUGUAUCCAGCGCACCAUCAGGAAUUCCUUGGUUAUCUCAAUUCUUUGGAAACUGCACUGAAUGCACGUUUGAUUUCAUACCUAUUCACUGGUACGGUGAUGGCCUCGACAAUUUCAAAGACUAUGUCGAGUUGUUCUAUGACAAAUUUUCAUCGCCAGUAUGGGUCACGGAGUUUGCAUCUACUUCUUCGAAUGUUAACGAGGUGGAAGACUUCUGCACUAAUGCAAUAGCUUAUCUUGAUGGCCAGAAUUGGAUUGAAGGAUAUGCCUGGUUUGCACUCUACCGCCAGGAGUCAGGUUCCUACUACAACCUUCUUGAUGUUAAUGGCCAGCCCAACACACUUGGGGAUAUCUACCUUCAUGGGACCAAUUAAAGCCAGAUUUAAUGAACAUGGGAAACAGUUGAGAAAGUAGACUCGGAAGUAGCACUACAUAUAUCGUCUGAUAUUUUGCGCAUAGGCUGCGUUAGCCACGAUUCGGAUUGUGUCGGUCCGAAUGCUUGUGAUUCUGCGAUUCUCGAGUGGCUGUAUCAUUGUCUAUCGGUCAAACUUCUUUCGACACUUCUGCAGAGUCGCUUAAUUAGACU